AUGUUUAUCAUUGCUGGUUAUGAAACGACGUCUACCUCUCUUGCUUGGUCUAUUUAUCAGCUAAGUAAACAUCCACGAGUUCAACAAAAAAUCAAGACAGAGCUGAUGCAGUGUAAUAAUGGUCAAUAUUUAUCAUUGGAUUGUCUCGACUCAUUCAUUUAUUUGGAUUGCUUUAUCAAUGAGGUACUUCGUUUUUCUCCAGCGAUUGAUGCAACAUUUCGUUCAGUGAUUGUCAAUGACUAUCUACCUAAAAGUGGUACUCGACUCUACAAAGGCGAUCAAUUGAUGAUUCCGACAUUUGCUCUCGCUCGAGACACUCGUUAUUGGAAAGUCGAUCCCGAAUUAUUCUAUCCCGAAAGAUUUCUUGACGAAGAUAAAAAUCAUCAUCCAUAUGCAUUUCUACCAUUUGGAGCCGGCCAUCGUCAAUGUCUUGGACAAGAUUUAGCUCGACUAGAACUCAAAGUAAUCCUAGCUCGCAUGCUACAACAAGUGACAUUUUGUGAUGGUGGUUCUGAAGUCAAUGCAGGCGGAUAUGUUGAAAAAUUAACUAUUAUGCCCAAACAUGUUGGAAUCACCAUUGAAUUUAAUUGA